AUGGUCAAGAGCAGAUGCUUGAUAAACCCAGGGUUAAAUGCACAUGAUGAACUUCUUGAGAAUAACCUGGACAAGAGCUAUGCACAACACUCCAGAGAGAACCCUUGUCAGGACUGUGGGAAAACAUUUUCUCGAUUAGGUACACUCACAGUACAUAGAAGAGUCCACACAGGAGAGAGACGUUACAAAUGUCAGGACUGUGGGCAGACAUUUUCACAAUCAAGUCGGCUCACUAAACAUAGAAGAGUCCACACAGGAGAGAGACCUUACAAAUGUCAGGACUGUGGGAAAAAAUUUUCACAAUCAAGUCGGCUCAAGUUACAUAGAAGAAUUCACACAGAAGAGAGACCAUACGAAUGUCAGGAAUGUGGGAAAGCUUUUUCAGGUUCAAGUGUCCUCACUGUACAUAGAAGAGUCCACACAGGAGAGAGACCUUUCGAAUGUCAGGAAUGUGGGAAAGCUUUUUCAAAUGCAGGUGCCCUCACUGUACAUAGAAGAGUCCACACAGGAGAGAGACCUUAUGAAUGUCAGGACUGUGGGAAAACAUUUUCACAAUCAAGUCAUUUUAUGGUACAUAAAAGAAUUCACACUGGAGAGAGACCUUACCAGUGUCAGGACUGUGGGAAAACAUUUUCUCUAUUAGGUACACUCACAGUACAUAGAAGAGUCCACACAGGAGAGAGACCUUUCGAAUGUCAGGAAUGUGGGAAAGCUUUUUCACAUUCAGGUCACUUUAUUGUACAUAAAAGAAUUCACACUGGAGAGAGACCUUACCAGUGUCAGGACUGUGGGAAAACAUUUUCAGUGUCAAGUCACCUCACAUCACAUCGAAGAAUUCACACUGGAGAGAGACCUUACGAGUGUCAGGACUGUGGGAAAACAUUUUCUCGAUCAGAUAAACUCACUCCACAUAGAAGACUCCACACUGGAGAGAGACACUUUGAAUGA